AUGCGCGGCGGUUAUUCUGGCGGCGGUGGGGGGCAUUUCCGCGGGAAGAAGCACGGGCACCCGCAUCAGGGGGCGCAUUGGCGCUCCACGCAGAACCAAGCGGGCAAUGGCGUGGGACAUGCUGGGGGGGGGGGAGGGGGAGCAGGAGGAGCGGGCGCAGGGCGAGGGGGAGGCGGCGGCGCAGCAGGGGCAGCAGCAGUUCCGCCGCCGCCGCCCGCGCCUCCCGCAGCUGGUGGAAAGGACAGCGGAGGCCGCGCGGAUUCCGCAGGGCGGUGGCGGCAGGGGGAGGCAGACGGCUGCAGCAAGUCGUCCAGUAGCGGGAGCGGACUGGUUUCCCCCGAUUUGAGCACCACGGGGGGAAGCAGCAGCGAGGAGCGGUCGUCCGCGGGCGGGGGGGAGCACGAGGCGGAGUGUAACGGUAACGGGGUUCUCCAUACGGAGGAUAGGCGGAGCGAAGAGUCCUCCUCUUCCGAGCAAGGGGCGGAGGGGGGAAAACCGGGGGAGGCAGACGCGGAGAGGGCGGGGAGAGGCGGGAGUCCGGGGAAGGCUGCGGGGGAGGGGGGCGCAGGUGGGGCGGGAGGUGGGGGGAGUGUGUGGUCGGUGCGCAGCGCCAAUGUGUCAUUUGCUGCGGUUUUGCUGGGGAAGGCGGAGGAAGGCGCGGCUGCUGGGGGAAGUCCUGAAGGCGCGGAGGGCGCAGCGGGAGUGCCCUCAGGGGGAGGCGCGGGAGAGACUGGCGGAGGGGCGGGGGGAGUGGCAGACAGAGCAGGCGCAGCAGGGGUGGCGGAGGUGAGCAAGGAAGAACCCCGCUCGGACUCAGCUAGCGCUUCUGCUAGCACUGACGCACCUGCUUCUGUGGCAGGAGCAACAGUACCAGCGCCAGGGGAAACUCGCUCAAGUAGCCCUCCAAAAGAGGGUAAACCAGCGGCUAAAGCCCCGAGUGCGAGCGGGGAGCAGGGUGGUGAGGAGGAGGAGGAGGGGUGGAUUAAAGUGUCUAGCGGACCCAAGGAGAAGGCGCAAGGAAGGGGCGGAGCAGGGGGGGCGGCGGGACCUGCUGCGGGGACGGGCGGAAGGGGGCCCCGGAGGGCGAGUGGGGAAGAGAAACCCGCGGGUGUGUGGGUGAAAAGGGGGGCGCCAGCUGCAGGAGGGGGCAAGGAAGGAAAGGGCGGGGGAAAGAAGGGGGCGGGCAAAGGGGCGGAUAGGACCGCAGGGGGUGCACCUAUUGCUGGUGUGGGGGCUGCUGCUGGUGCAACGGGUGGUGCUACAGGCGGUGCUGCGUCUACCACGGCUGUAGCAGCCCGCGCUGGUGGGGAGGACGGGCAGGCAGCUGGCGCCUCUACCGGCGCUGGCGCGGCUACAGCCGUGAACGACGCAGCUGCUGCUGCUACAACCGCGGAUGGGAAACCGCUGGCAGCGGCACCACAGCCGGCGAGGUCCCGACGCCCGGCGUGGCAGGGGAACGACGCGGCCAUACUGAAGCGUCUGGGCGACAGCGGGGCGGGGCAGGGAAGCGCAGGCCAGGCAGGCGCUGGCGCUGGGUCUGUUGAAGGGAGAAACCAGAAGCACCAGGGGUCGCAGUCUCAUGGCGCCAGUGGGAAGCAGGACGGGCAGAGACAGCAGCAGGGGCAGCAGGGUAGGGGGGGAGAGCAUGCAGGGAAGGCUGGAGAGCAGGCUGGUGCAGGCUCAAGUGCGGGGGAGAAGGGGAAGGAUGGGAGGAAGGUUGAGAGUGGCAAGACAGGGGAUAAGGAAGAGGGGUUGGAGAAGGAAGGCAGCGCUGCUGCUGGCGCUGGGGGGGGCAGAGGAGGCGGGUAUCGGCACGGGGGAGCAACAGCUGCUGCUGGAGCAGCAGCAACAGGGGCAGGGGCAGCAGGGGGGGUGAGGCAGGCUGGAGGUGGCGUCGUUGCUGCUGGUGCUUCUGCAGCUGCUGCGGCGGCAGCAGCAGCUUCUUUGAGUGGCGUUGGUUCCGCUGCUGCUGUGGCUGGUGCUGCUGGUGCUGCUGGUGCUGCUGGUGCUGCUGCUCCUGCAGCAGUGGGGCAAGGACGUGGCGUUAUUCCAGCAGCAGCAGCAGGAGCAGCGGGAUCCGUGAUUCCAGCCCCCCCUUUCCACACAGGAACUGCAGGGGUCUUCCCUGGAGGCGCUCCUCCCUCCUCUCUCUACCACCCUCUCCCCUUCACUCCACUCACUCACGCCGCAGGCCAAACCCCCCUCCACGCGCACACCAACCCUCACGCCCACCCCCGCGCCCAUCCACAUCCCCACCCGCACCCACUCCCGCACCUGCAUCCGCGCAUGCUAGCCGUGCCGAUCGCAGGGUUCCCGGCGUUCCCGGUGCCACCAGCUGCGCUGCUGCAAAACGCGGCGGCGCUGCAUGGGGAGGUGCUGGCGUAUGCAGAGGAGGUGCGGCCGCCCAGGGAGGCGCGGGUCAGCGCGGAGCAGGCAGUGGCGUGUGUCAGGCGGACGGUCAGGUCGCUUUGGGAAGGAGCUGACGUUGAGGUGUUUGGUUCAUUUGCCACUGGCCUUGCCCUUGCUCACAGCGACGUUGACGUGGCAGUGAUUAACGCACCUCCUCCACCCGCUGACCUACCAGAGCUUGCGACCCUGUCAGGUGCGCGCAUCAGUGCGCCACUCAUCCGCCAGCUGGCAGCGGCUCUGAAGAAGCAGCCGUGGUGUGAGAGCCUGCACACCAUUGAAACCGCCCGCAUCCCCGUCAUCAAGCUCAAGUGCCGCCCGCUGCCACCCGCUGCUGCUGAAGGAGCAGAGGAAGAGAAGGAGAAGGCCCCGUCGACUCCUGAGCGGGGUGCUGGGUCUGCAGGUUCCACAGAGGGGAGCGGUGGGGGGUUGGUGGGAGAGAGUGAAGCAGGAGAGGCAAACAGCACAGCAGCAACAGCAGCAGGUUUGGCAGCAGCAGCAGCCACGGUGCUGAAGCCGUCUGCUUCGGCGUCGGACCUGGUGGGGCCGAGCGUGCAGGGAGUGGUUCGGAUGGACAUUACGUUCUCCCUGUCGCGCCCCAAGGGCAUGGAGGUGACUGAUGCGGCCAGCAGGGUGCUGGCGGGGAAGCUGGACGAGGCGGCUGCGGCUCACAACGGGUCGGCGGCCAGGGAGCUUGUGAUUGAACGCCUCAGGAAGAUGCCCGCCCUCGCCCCCCUGGUGCUGCUGAUGAAGUCCUACCUGCACCACCGAGGACUGAAGGACGUCUACACUGGCGGGCUCGGCUCCUUCUCGCUGACCAUGAUGCUCGUGUUUUACCUCGAGAGAGCUCCUGUCGCAUGUGGCAUGUCCCCCCCUCCUGCUACUCCUGCUCCUGCUGAGGCAGCAGCCAAGUCACCAGGAUCCAAGUCUGCAGACUCCAAGGUUGAGCAAGCCAGUGGCGAUGCUGCUGCUGCUGAUAAUGCUGCCGAGAAUGGCAGCAGCAGUGGCAGCAGCAAGGCUGAUGAAGUGGCGGCAGUGACUGCAGCGGACGGACCUGUAAAGGGGGUGGUGGUGGACGACUUGCCAGGCUCGACGCAGUCCGUACCUGUGCCUAACCUGGGAGUGCUGCUUAUCGGUUUCCUGCAUCUGUUUGGUCAGGAGAUCGACCUUUCUCGCGUGCGCCUCAUUCUCAGGGGUCUGAACGGCAUGCCGGGCGGCGUGUUCUGGAGGGACCCCUCCAUGCCGCCGGCUGCUCUCUGGAUUGAUGAUCCGCUCCGCCCCGGCGCUAACAUCGGCUCCGGCUCGUUUGCUAUGUGGCACGUGCAGGCGGCCAUGCGGGAAAUGCUCCACGUCAUCUCCAAGCCAGUCGCUUCCCCGUCCACCACUGCUGCUGCUGCUCCAUCCCCACCAGCUGCUCUUCUUUCACACUCCCCGCCCAAGUUCCCACCCCCUGCUCCUGCUGCUGAUGGCAGUGCAGCAGCAGCAGAAACAACCCCCUCCUCCUCACCACUACCUGCUGCCCCCGCUGCCCUCACUGCUGCUGAUUCCACCCCUGCCGACGCUGCCACCGCUGCUCCUACACCUGCUGCUACUCCCCGUGUCUCCACCCCCUCGGCCAGCCCAAUCCUCUUGUCCGCAUCUCCCCUGCUCGCCUCCCCAUCCCGCCCCUCGCCCUCUCUCCUGGAACUCGCCUUCUCCACCCGCCUGCCCAUCACCCAGUCGCUCAAACCUGCCGAACUUGCAUUCCAUGCCUUGUCUGUCACUGCCCCCCCUCCUGCUCCUGCUGCUGCUCCUGCUCCUCUCACUUCUGCUCCCCCUUCUGCUGCCUCUCUGUCUGUCACUGCUGCGCCUUAUGUCUCGGCACCUGUUCCUGCUGCUGCAGCCGUCGCCGCGGUAGAGUAA